AUGCUCCUUCUCUCCUUCGUUCUCUUUGGAGCCUUUGAGUUGCAUAUUCCUCCUCGUCCAUCCUUCACCAUUGGGACUUCUCGUAAACAACAGCAAUCGUUCCGACCGACUCUAGACUCCCUUCCCGAAGAUCUCAUACGACUCAUUGCGGCUCGAGUCGUAGACGUAACACCAAUCAAGUAUGGCAAGGUGUGGGGUGAGGAGCAGAACGAACAGCUGCCUCUUCUCCCUCUCUCCGUGACUUGCAAACACCUGCGGGCUUGCCUGAAGUCGCUGAUCUUCAAGACGGUGCACAACUGGAAUAUAGAUGGGAAGACGGGUUCUGAAGGGUCGUUGUCUGACGAUGAACAACUCUGUAGGACGGUGCACAUGCGGGACCACGCCAUCCGGCACGAGCACGUUCUCGAAGUGGAUGACGGCGUCUACGAAGGGCUCGCCCAAAUGCCCGCUCUUCAGCGCGUCGUGAUGCGUUACAAGGUAUCCUUACCGCCUGCAGCGCUGCAGUGCUUGCCUCGAAUACGCCACUUGACGUCUCUCGAGAUCUAUCAGGCACGUCUAGAUGGCCCGGUCCUUCCUCCGCUCGAAUUCCCGUUGCUCGAAAAGCUGCUCCUCAUCAUCGCUGGCUUUCGGGGCGUUAUCCGCGCCCCGGAGAUAGACAAAAUCGUCGAACGAGCGAAUGUCGGGCGCCUCCUCCGCUCUGUUUCAGGUCGUCUGUCCCACCUACAUGUCUCGGGCGAUCUGCUGCCCGAUGACUUUGGAGACAUCCGCUGGCAGCAACUGCAGAAACUGGUUGUUUCCGAGCACAGUCCCGCGACGUACCUGCUGGUCCCUGCGCUGACGGCCAGGAUGCCUACGCUGCGUGCACUACACAUCCUGUAUGCAGCGGACAUGUCCCGUCCCGCGGACGAGCUCCAUCCACCCUUUGUCUAUGGGGAUCCUGAUGGCAAGCUGCUGGUCGAAACCGUACCCCAUCUGACGUCUCUCUCGCUCUCGAAUCUGACCGAGGACGACCCGGUCUUCUCGCAGCUUCCGGCUUCGCUCACUGCUCUCCACCUUCACGCUUGGCGAGAUCCGUACUAUGGCCGGCGAGAUCGGCUCGAUAUCAGAGGCGAGACGGCUUUGACGAAUGCUUCCGCGAUGGCGAUUGUCCUCAACCACUUGUCAAACCUCACACACUUGCUUGAGUUCACUGUGGUCCUGAACGAGUUCCCGGCCGCGCCGUUGCUUGAAGCCAUUGCGACGACAUUUCCGAGCCUGGUGUACCUGGAGAUCUCUCAUGCUACUUACGGUUACCCGCGCGAGCGGCGAGAAGAGUUGGAAGAUGCACGAGAUCCCACGAUAAUCGCACCCCUGGCUCGUCUCCACCACCUUCGGACUCUUCGCAUCACUCUAAACAUGCUCCGAAACCGCUUCGACCGCCAAGUCCCCAUUCUGCCCAUUCUCUGCUGGCUUUUCGACGGGAUUCCGUCACUUGAGACAGCUCAGUUCUCUUGGUUCACGCAUUUCUCGUGGGUCCCUGCUCGGGAUCCCGAGUGGCGAGGCUGGAACUCAUAUGAUCGGGCCUACAUGAUCCGUGAAUUAGCCAAACCUCCUCCGCCUAGGCGUAUCUUGAAACCACUACGCGAGAUAGAUUCUGAUUGAUUUUCGUUCUCAAUCAGGGGUAUUCAUCAGAGUACAAGCCUACUAGGCUAUUCAAGUUGUUGAAUAUUCUGUGAUAACGAACAUCCCAGCGCCAAAAAAAACAGAUUAUCGAUGAGGAUAGUCAACUGCUUUGCAAUGAUGGAUCGAUGGAUCAUGCUGCAUCUGUGAUAGGUGUAAUCUCAAGAAGUGAACUGUGGCUUCGACUGCACUAUUCUCAGGUGGAGCCUCUGAUGGAGCCUCAUGGAAUGUCUAAAAUAUGAGUUCUAUGAAGGAUGUGUGAAUCGAUCCAUGCGUGCGUCUAGUAUAUGUAUAUUUCUCCUCCCAGAUGUGAUCCCGUUGCAAACGUGGAUCCCGAGCUCAUUUCCCCACGAAAUUUC